UUACGGAGGAGGCUGUAACUGUGACCAUGGCUCCCGGACCGCCAGUGCAAUAGAUAACUUGAAUUAUAAGAAAUGCACGACCUAUGUUUAUAACGCACUCGUGCAUUCUUUAAAUACAUAUACAUUAGAACGCACACAUACCACACUUUAAAAACGUAACUUUUGUUCAAAGCGAGCUAUAUGGAUGUGCAGGUUACAGCGCGCUGCAGCAUCAACUCUGCGCAAAAAACAAACAGCCCGCAGAAUGCAGCAGAAAAUGCACCAAAGAAGAAGAAAUCUCGAAGGGGGAAAAGAGGGAAACGUCGGAGGGGCAAGAAGGCAAACGAGCCUCCGCCGUUUUUACCACCGGAGGCUGAAGAGGGAAACAUUGAAUACAAGCUGAAGCUGGUUAACCCCACACAGUAUCGGUUCGAGCACCUGGCCACACAGUUGAAAUGGCGACUCCAGGAGGGCCGCGGGGAGGCUGUGUAUCAGAUCGGGGUGGAGGACAACGGUCUGCUGGUUGGACUGACGGAAGAAGAUAUGAAAACAUCAUUGAAGACCCUUCGCAGGAUGGCUGAGAGGGUGGGAGCUGAUAUCACACUUCUGAGAGAGAGGGAAGUCGAGUGCGAUCACGCUCGACGAAUAAUCGCAGAAGUCCUCGUGCGGAAAGUUCCAGAUGACCAACAGUUCCUGGAUCUUCGUGUGGCUGUUCUGGGUAAUGUGGACUCAGGGAAGUCGACUCUGCUGGGCGUGUUGACUCAGGGUGAGCUUGAUAACGGCCGUGGCAGGGCGAGACUUAACCUCUUCAGACACCUGCAUGAGAUUCAAACCGGACGGACGUCCAGCAUCAGUUUCGAGAUCCUUGGCUUCAACAGCAAAGGAGAGGUUGUAAACUACAGCGAUUCCCGUACAGCAGAGGAAAUAUGUGAGAGCUCUUCUAAGAUGAUCACAUUUAUCGAUCUGGCUGGUCAUUACAAGUACCUUAAAACCACCAUAUUUGGCCUAACAAGUUACUGCCCGGACUUUGCCAUGUUGGUUGUAGGGGCCAACACAGGCAUUGCUGGCACAACGCGGGAGCACCUGGGUUUGGCCAUGGCCCUUAAAGUGCCCAUAUUCAUUGUGGUGAGUAAGGUGGACCUGUGUGCCAAAAGCACCGUGGAGAAAACCGUCCGUCAGCUGGAGAGAGUUCUCAAACAGCCCGGCUGCAACAAGGUCCCCAUGGUGGUGGCCAACCCUGAUGAUGCGGUGACCGCCGCACAGCAGUUCGCACAAUCUUCCAGCAUUACGCCCAUCUUCACCCUCUCCAGUGUAUCUGGGGAGAAUCUGGAUCUUCUGAAGGUCUUUUUCAACAUAUUGCCUCCUCUAAGCAACAGCAAGGAGCAAGAGGAACUCAUGCAGCAGCUCACAGAAUUCCAGGUGGAUGAGAUUUACAGUGUUCCUGAUGUGGGGACUGUAGUCGGUGGUACACUAUACAGCGGCGUGUGUCGUGAAGGAGAUCGGUUAGUCGUGGGCCCUACGGACGAUGGGAAGUUCUUGAGGUUGAAGGUGUGCAGCAUUCACAGAAAUCGCUCCGGAUGCCGCGUGCUGAGAGCUGGACAGGCGGCUACGCUUGCGCUGGGAAACUUCGAUCGCUCAUUAUUACGAAAGGGCAUGGUAAUGGUGAGUCCGAAAAUGAACCCUACCAUCUGCUGGCAGUUUGAAGCUGCCAUCGUCCUCCUGUUUCACGCCAAGACGUUCCGCCGUGGUUUCCAGGUCACGGUGCACGUGGGGAAUGUGAGGCAGACCGCAACGGUGGAGUGCCUGCUUGGCAAGGAGGAGCUGCGGACAGGAGAAAGAGCCGUAGUGUCUUUCCGAUUCUUAAAGCACCCCGAGUAUCUGCGCGUAGGGGCCAAGCUGCUCUUUAGAGAGGGAGUGACCAAAGGCAUCGGACACGUGACGCACCUUCUGCCGUCCACUCAGAACCACGUGCCUGACCAGAACCGCAACCAGAACCACAGUUAGAUACAUAGAGACCCACAGGAAGUGACAUCAAAAACAUUCGUUUCCAUCAUGCAGUCAUUUCCUUGACCUGCCUUUGCCUACUAAUUCUAUUGUGCACCUUUUAUUCUUUCACUCAUGUUAGCAACAGGCUGUGUUGUGCUACUUUAAUCAUAGAUUUGCCUGUUGUUUUGGCACCUUUUGUAGGUUUGUGGUGUAAUGGUUUCUCUGUAACGUGUGUCUGGUGGGAGAAAGAGCUCGAAAAGUUUUGUACAUUUCUACUUGUGUGUGUGUGAGUGUUUCCAAUAUUGAGGUAAUUGGAUGACCUUGAGAAGGCAUGUGGGAUUUGGAGUCGCUAAGCUGUGGUCUAAACAGGGUGUCUGGAACCACUCCUUCCUUCAUUAUAGAUAUGACAAUGCAAUGGUAGCAUCUAUCUGAUUGAAAAAUGUGUAAUUGUCCAUUUUGGCUGUAAAAUUUCUCAGAUCCUCUGCAGUAUUCAACAUUACACAUUACCCCCCCUUAAAGGUCCAGUGUAGGAAAUUUAGCCGAAUAUAGUGGCACACUCCACCGCUCGCCCCUCCCUUUCGAAGCACUACGGUGGCUGACACAAAACUAAGAUGUCGUCAUGUUUUCGCUUCUUUGCCGAAUGAGAUAAUUUAUUUACAAAACACGCAUAUGUAGAGCAGUUUGUCCGUUUAGGGCUACUGUAGAUACAACAUGGCGAAUUCCAUGUUAGGGGACCCGCUAUGGGUGUAGAGAGAAAUAGCUCUUUUUAACAUAAUAAAAACAUAACGCUUCAUUAUGUAAGUUUUUUAAAGACAUCUGAAGACAUAGUUAUGUAUACUAUAUUGCAUUGCGGUCAAUAGAUCCUCCUAAAAUAUUACACACUGGACCUUUAAAAUAAAAUGUUUCUUUUAAAAACCUUUAGAGAACCAAAAAUGUUUCUUCUAUGGGACCGCUAAAACUUAUUUUUAGGAGUGGAGUGCAUUUGGCGCCCCCUUCAGAUUUACGAUUCCUUCAGUAUUUUCUUUACAAAUAUGAACUCAAGAAGGUCAGAAGAGAGAAUCGUGAUGCAUACAGACCACGUUGAAUAUGCGCAAAUUGAAUUUCUGUGAAAUUGUAAAAUAUUUUUUUGUCAAUUUGUUGCAUUCUUAAAUCGCAUUCUUAAAUUGCACCUAUUCACGUAAGAAUGGUUUCCUGCACAUUUGAGACAAAUUUGCUGUUUUCAAUGACCGACAACGAUUGAUCAACUAGUUUGUUGGUGACAUGGAACAUCGCCCCCUUUCUUUAGCACAAUGUACCAAGUCACACAUUCUAACCACGAAAAAAAUUUGUGUGCUUGUUUGUUUGGAAGGUCGUAUGGCAGGGUUCGAGCGAAAGCACAUGGCAGCUUUGAGCAACCGGCGUCUGUUGUUAAAUACCACGCAUGCACAGGAACCCAGAUAACAAUUGUUGUUUCGUCCACCCAUGCUUUUCUAUUCGAGAUAUUGUGCAAUUAUUAAAAACGUUGAAUGUAUUCAUCAUUGAUCUAAAUGUACGGAUUACUAACUAACAAUGUGACAGAUGUGUAAAAGCCUAUUUUAUUCAACAGCG